AUGACAUGCAUACCAGCCGCACUAAACGGGUUUGUAGAUAUUGCAGAGGACGGAACUAUUCGGCUGCGGAAAGGCACAACGCCGCCGGGUGCAGUCCUCGUAAUUCCAGAGGGAAAAUAUGCAGCAUGGAAAGCGCUUUUUCCGUCAGGUCUUGACAAGGCGCUUGAGUCAAAAUACCGCACAUCCCGCAGGCUGUGGUUUUCAAUGACUGAUAUACCGGCGGACGGGCCGGAGGGAAGCAGCAUUAUUACCCCAGAAGGGGUAUCUGUGUUUUGGUCAGGUUUCCCCGUGCCGAUAGAUGCAGGUGACUGGCAGCCGAACCCGCCGGAGACAUUGCCGGAGGUAUCAUAUGCCGAUAUUAUGCGGCUGUUUGGUGUGUCAGUAGCGGCAGGGCCGGCAGACGCAUUACCGAGGCAGGAACCCGAACCCCGACCAUCUGAGGAGACGACAACAGAGCCGACCCCCCCAGCUCCGGAACCGGAGAGAACAAACACCUCAACACAUCAGCAGGAGAGAGAGCCUCCGGCCCUUGUAAACGCAGCCGAGGCAUGCCCGGCAUGCGACCCAGAACCCGAACCAUUCAACGGCGCGGCG